UGCAAUCAGAUCUCACUCUCUGCUUCUUAGUGGCAAAAUUCACACUACGAACAAUGUCGCGUCGCUUCAUUCUCCUCAUCUCUCUCACCACUCUCCUCAUCUUCUCUAAACUCUCUCCCACUCUCUCCAAAACUCAAAACGACAAGGUUCAAGAUCCCGACGACGACGAAGAUCUCAGCUUCCUCGAGGAGGAAAAUGAUAAAAACGACGCCGUUCCUCACGACAAUCACUACCCCGAUUCUGACCAGUUCGAGGGAGAUGAGAUUGAUAGCGACCACUUUGAUAACUACUCUGAUUUUGACGAUUCCGAAUCCGAUCCAUAUAAGGUGCCUGAAAUUGACGACAAGGACGUCGUCGUAUUGAAGGAAGGGAAUUUCAGCGAUUUUAUUGAUAAUCAUAAGUUCGUUAUGGUGGAGUUUUACGCGCCGUGGUGUGGUCACUGUCAGGCGCUGGCUCCUGAGUAUGCGGCGGCAGCUACGGAAAUGAAGGGGGAGGAUGUGGUGUUGGCGAAAGUGGAUGCUACUGAAGAGAAUGAGUUGGCGCAGGAAUAUGAUGUUCAAGGGUUUCCUACUGUCUACUUCUUCAUUGAUGGAGUCCACAAGCCCUAUCCUGGGCAGAGGACCAAGGAUGGUAUUGUAACCUGGAUCAAGAAGAAAAUAGGACCUGGUAUAUACAACAUUACUACAUUGGAUGAUGCUGAAGGCGUUUUAACAUCUGAUAGUAAAGUUGUUCUGGGCUACCUCAAUUCUUUGGUGGGUCCUGAAAGUGAAGAGCUCGCUGCUGCAUCAAGACUAGAAGAUGAUGUCAAUUUCUACCAAACUGUAAAUCCUGAUGUGGCAAAGCUUUUCCAUUUUGACCCGAAAGUGAAACGCCCUGCUUUAGUCCUGAUUAAGAAGGAGGCUGAGAAACUGAGUUACUUUGAUGGCAACUUUUCCAAGUCGGAAAUAGUUGAGUUUGUGUUUGCUAACAAGCUUCCUUUGGUGACCCCUUUUACUAGAGAAACUGCCCCUUCAAUUUUUGAGAGUCCAAUUAAGAAACAGCUGUUGUUAUUUGCAACUUCAAAUGAUUCAGAGAAAAUUUUCCCCAUAUUUCAAGAAGCAGCUAAAUUGUUCAAGGGAAAGCUUAUCUUUGUAUAUGUUGAAUUGGACAAUGAAGAAGUUGGGAAGCCUGUUGCAGAUUAUUUUGGUGUCUCCGGAAAUGCUCCCACAGUUCUUGCUUACACAGGAAAUGAUGAUGGUAAGAAAUUUGUACUCAAUGGGGAAGUUAGCUUGGAUAAGAUAAAGACUUUUGGAGAGGAAUUUCUUGAAGACAAGCUUAAACCUUUCUUCAAGUCAGAUCCUGUUCCUGAAAAUAAUGAUGGUGAUGUCAAAAUAGUAGUUGGGAAUAACUUUGACGAAAUUGUGCUGGAUGAGUCUAAAGAUGUUCUCCUUGAGAUCUAUGCACCAUGGUGUGGACAUUGCCAAGCUUUAGAGCCAACAUACAACAAGCUUGCUAAACAUUUGCGGGGCAUUGAAUCUCUUGUUAUAGCCAAGAUGGAUGGAACAACAAAUGAGCAUCCUCGGGCGAAGGCUGACGGAUUCCCUACCAUUCUCUUCUUCCCUGCUGGAAACAAGAGCUUUGAUCCGCUUACUGUAGACACUGAUCGCACUGUGGUAGCAUUAUAUAAGUUCAUCAAGAAACAUGCAUCCAUCCCCGUCAAGCUUCAAAAGCCAGCUUCAACUCCAAAAUCUGAGAGUUCUGAUGCAAAAGGGAGUCAGGAGAGUAGCACCAAGGAUGUGAAGGAUGAAUUGUGAGGAACAGAAAAUUUUACAUACAUUGCUAAUUUAUGUAUCUUUUUAUAUCAUCAAGACAUCAACUAGGCUAAAUCAACAGUUUCAGAUGAAAAUUGUUUGACCAUAGAGGGAUAAUUAUGUCAAAGUUGAGGGAGAAAUAGUUUGAUCAUUUGAAUCCCCCAAAACACCCCACUAGAAAAGGGGAAAGAAAAAAGCCCUCAAAGUAAGAAAGGGAAGCAAGGGACAUAUAUUAGCUUUCAAGUUUUGUUAGAAUAUUCUCGUAAAAGAGUUCUAAUAAAAAGGCUUUGUCCUCAUUUUCCAUUUUCUGCAA